UUAGCAUUAUAAUGAUGUAUUGAUCAUAUUUUCUCACCCACGUGAUAUGGUGUACCUGGUGUGUAUACUGAUUGCUAUUUUUGUAAAGUAAAUAUAGAUGAUAUUCGACCUUUACACCUUAAAAUACAAAAUGGAAGUAGACAAACUCGACGUAUUAAAAUGGUCUGCUUUUGCAGCCAGCAGUAUGUUUGCUGGAGGGGCUAUUUAUAUAAAUAUUGUUGAUAUGCCAGCUCUUAAAAAGGUUACUGACAACGAUUCAGCAAGGCGAUUUUGGAAGGAAUCUUUUCUAAGAGCAGCAAAGUGGCAGGGUGGACUUGGAAUGGUAGCAACUUUAACUGGUGGGGCUGUCUGGUUUUUAGAUGAAUCCAGUAACAGACAUCUUUGGUGCAUUGGUAGCAGUGUCAUGGCAACCAUAUUUCCAUGGACAAUGUUCGUUAUGAAGCCAGAUAUCAACAGAUUACUCGACGACAAGGUCCUAACAGAAAGAGGUGGUGAUUGGGUCCGUACUAAGAUAGAUGCCUGGAACAAACAACAUAUGUAUAGGAGUUUGGUUGGAUUGUCUGUAUUCGGACUGUGGAUGUUUGCCAUUAGUAAAUCAUAAUUUACGUGACUAUAUUGACAAGUUCACGUGGUUAAAUGUAUAAGCUUGAGUAAAUACAUGACUGGUGUAUUGUUUGUGUGCACUGAGGAACCAGCAGAUAUUCGACACAAAAGAACACAAUUAUAAAAUGAACCAGUAUCAUAGAUUGUUUUAUAUUAUGUUUUCACUUUGGUAGUUAAUUAAAUCCUCAUACUAGUAGA